AUGAAGGACACCGACAAGUGGCCAGCACCUGGCAAGAGAACCUUGGAGAGGAAGAGGCGCCUGGGUCCACUGAGGGCAGCCAUUGCCAGCACCUUCUGGGAGUACACGGAGCGGACCAAAGUGAGCGGAAUGUGGCUGCUGCGACGUCAGCGCACACACGGACUGUCCAGGUUCAUUUGGUCCUCGGUGCUGCUGCAGCUGCUCCUGCUGAGCAUCUACCUGACCCUGCUGCUCUGGCUGAAGUUCUACUCGUAUCCCAUUCUGAAUACCAUCUCGAACGAUCUCUCCAUCACGGACGUGGCCUUUCCCGGCGUCACCAUCUGCAGUCCCAAGGUGGUCAACACUGAGCGUGUCGAGCGCUACGUCAAGACGCUGAACAUUCCCCCAGAGUACGCGAUGGCUGAUGUGGCUGCGGGGUUUGAGUUCCUCAACGCCUUCACGGACCAGAGCUUCGAGCCGCCGACCCACGAGAGUUACAGAGUCACCGACGCGGUGCUUCGGCUGAACAACGUCAGUGUGUGGGAGGCGGCCAUGGCUGUAAGUCCGGGCUGCUCGGACUACGUGAAGCGCUGCUUCUGGGGCCACUCCGAGUUCCAGUGCAACCAGAGCCACGAGUACCUCUCCUUCAUACCCACGACGGCGUAUCUCGGUCCCUGCUGCUCCUUCAACUACAAUCCGCGCAACUCCAGCUACGUGCCCUUCUCGGCCAACAUCUUUGGCAUGGAUGGCGGCCUCACAUUUGUCGGCGCCGAGGGCUCUGAGCGUAAUCUCAACACGGGCCUCAUCGUGCUCGUGCACCAUCCCAUGGAUUAUGUCACCGAGUCGGCCUCCUCGGUGACAAUCACCGCGAGAUCCGAGAGCUUUCUCGAAGUCUCGCCCACGGUGCAGAGCUCCUCGGCGGAGGUGCUGGAGCUGUCGGAGCGCAAGCGGGACUGCCUCAUCUCGGACGACUUGAGGCUGCGAAACUAUCGCCAGGCGGCCUGCAUGCUCUCCUGCCAGACAGAGGCCAUUGUCGCCAAGUGCGGCUGUCACCCGUAUCUCCUGCCCAUUGUGGGCAACCAGUUCAAGGAGUGCAAUCUCAACGAUACAUUCUGCUACUCGGCAAACUAUGACAACUUUAAGAGCGUGCGCUGCGACCAGUGCCUGCCCAAUUGCUACGAUGUCACCUACUCCACGCUCUCCUACAAGACGGACCUCAAUCAGCAUCAGUUCUCCGUCAGCCGCUACUACUCGCGGGAGCUGCUCAACAGGGAUAGCUUUGUGCUGCGCGUUUACCUCGCCAAGCAGGUCGUUCCGGUCAUACGCAAGGUGACGGUCAUGUCGUGGAUUGGACUACUCUCUGAUCUUGGUGGCAUUUUCAAUCUCUGCCUGGGCCUCAGCAUGAUCUCUGUGGUGGAGUUCUUUUACUACUGCAUCUAUCGCCUGUACGUCAACUAUCAGCUGCAAAAGGCGCAGCUGCCCAGGAAGGCGUGGCAGUAG